AUCCAGUCUCUCAUAUCACCCUCCUAAUAACUUGUGGGAUAGUUCUGUUAAAUCACAGUUUUAGAAAAUAAAAAGGAAAGCUUCCAAGAGGUUCUUUAUUUUGUUCUAAGUCGUAGAGUCUGUAAGUGGUGGAGCAGGGUCGGGAGCUAGAGUCAGUCUCUGCACUCCCCACACUGCACCAAAUCGGGCUCAAUCUUUUUUCCUCUCUCUUCUUUAUUACCACACAGCUUCCACCAAAGAACCCGUCUUGGGGAGGGCACGAUUUUCCUUUCUCUCCUGUGCUAGUUCGGUCUCCUGUGCUCUAGAGCAUCUAGUACGGUGUACUCUGCCGGGAGGCAGAGUUGCUUUCUUAGCUGCUGCUCUUCCCGGCAGGCUGAGGGUGGCGAGGCGGAUAGAGCUGCGCUGCUGGGAGAUGGGAAGAGAUUGUUCUGCCAGUGCAUUGCCCCGAAGGCAUUUUCCAUUUCCUGGGCCCUUUCCGCUCCCCAGACCUCAGCCCUCACCCCACAGCUUCAGCUCAGAGCCCUCGGGGAGCGUCCUUCGCCGCGGGCUGACAGCGUUGGGGGCACGGGGUCUCGUCUCUGCGCUCUCGCCCAUCUGUGCGCAGAGCCUCGUUCCCGGGUGCCUGGAGCCCGGCGGGCAUUGACGUCAAGCGGCGGCGGAGCUCUGCCUACAGAAGGCUGACCCGGGCCCUCCUCCACACCCCCUUCCUUUCUCGCCCCCUCCCUCUUCCCUGCUCCCGGACUCGCUAUAAAAGGUGGGAGAGCGGGGUGCCCUAGCAGCGACGGGCUUCAGCACCAUGGAGAGCUCCCGCCUUCGGCUGCUGCCCCUCCUAGGCGCUGCCCUGCUCCUGAUGCUACCUCUGCUGGGCGCUCGUGCACAGGAGGACGCUGAGCUCCAGCCCCGAGCCCUGGACAUCUACUCUGCCGUGGAGGAUGCCUCCCACGAGAAGGAGCUGAUUGAAGCGCUGCAGGAAGUCCUGAAGAAGCUCAAGAGUAAACGUAUUCCAAUCUACGAGAAGAAGUAUGGCCAAGUUCCCAUGUGCGAUGCUGGAGAACAAUGCGCGGUGCGAAAAGGAGCCAGGAUUGGGAAGCUGUGUGACUGUCCCCGAGGAACCUCCUGCAAUUCCUUCCUCUUGAAGUGCUUAUGAAAGGGCUUACAUUCUCCUCCACACCCCAACCCCCACUUACCCCGAGAGGGUCACACCUUCAUCUUGGAGUUUGGCUUUAGCAACAAAUAAAGUUUGCAUUUUCCUCUGAGGAUGAAGGGGGCUAUUUCCUUGCUGUUUCAAAAAUAAAAGAACACAUUUGACAUUACUGUGUGAAGGGUAAUGCCAUGUACGGUGUUGAUAUGUGUGCAAAGUAUUCUUUUCUUGUUUUAUUUGUCUGAUGAACUCUUGUGUACCUUUGUGUAAAGAAGAGGAAAUUUGCUUUGAAAAUUGUAUUUUUGUACGUGGCAUGGCAGAAUGAAAAUUAGAUCUAGUUAAACUUGGUAGAUGACAUCACAACCUGGAAAAUAAAUCACCCUAAGCAAUAUGAAUUGAAGCAUGUGUAAAUUAUAUAUAAUA